AUGGCGCUGAUAGCUUCUGGAUAUUCAGACGUAUCAUCGCUGAACUACUUCACUACUCCACCCGCUGUUGGUGUAAUUUCCGACUACAUCAACAAUCCGAACUACACCAUCGGACAACAAGUGAACCUAGAAUGGCAAACGUACAUUACAGUGGGGGUGAGUUUGUGGCUCUACCAAGUCGCCAGCACGUGGGAAUACGCCGCGAUCUUUAAGGGACAAUACCCAGUGCCCACGACUUAUGCAUGGACGGUCUCUAAUCUGGAUUUCGCCCUCGCCAAUGGAACUGGGGACAACGAUCCAGCCCCCGGGUGCUUCAGCCAUUUCUUCAACAUCCUAGAAGCGGAUUCGAGCACGCCCGGCGACUCUUCGUCGGCGAGUACAUCAGCUCUAACAACGUCGACUUCAAGCCCUGCGAGCAGCACCGCCGCAACAUCCACGAACGCGAGUCCGUCAGCGGCGACAACGCUCUCACCGUCAGCAUCGCCGCCCGAUGCAGCGCCAGCACAACAGAGUAGUAGCCUCUCAUCUCGCGCCAAGGCUGGGAUUGGUGUCGGCAUCGGCCUUGGAGCGGCUGGCAUCCUGGUGGGCGCCUUGAUCUGGUUCAUACGUAGGAAGCGAUCUGCAUUGCGGCAGAAACAACCGAGCCCCCCCUUCACACAGCAGGUGGAUCGAUAUCAUGAUAAUGGCGCAGCGAGCAGGCGCGACGAACUCCCGCAGUACGAGAAGCGGCAGCCGCUAGCUGGAGAGGAGGCAACGCAUGAGAUGCCGGUCAAUGGGCAGAGACACGAGCUGGGUGGCCCGGAUGUGCACGAGUUGGGUGGUACGACAAGUGAGAUAGUGUGUUGA